AUGGCCCACAAACUUCCUCCUGAGGACGACUUCAUCAAUUCGGAACCUCCUCCUUCGUACGAGGAUUCUCUCUCCAACACGGGCUCGUCACAGCCCCAAUUGCCGAACAGACCAGCACAAUCUCAGAAUCAUUCAUCACAGUAUGCUCCGCCGCCACAAAGGCCGGUGCAGCGGCCAGCACAACCUCCACAGCCGCCCAGACCUGCUCAAAACAUACCCAGUGGACAGCAUUCGAGCCUGGCGCAGAGUCUGUCGUCAACGGCCAACCUCUACACCAACAAUACUUCAUUACCCUUCGAGUAUCCAAGGGGCCACUUCUGUCAGAAGUGUCGCAAUACAGGGUUUAGAGAUAAAGGUAAACCUUGCAGUAAGUGCUGGGAUAAGUUUCAUCGUAACACCGUGUAUAAUCCGAGACCAGAGAUGGGAUUUCGUUAUCCCAAGGGAUUCAUUUGCGAAAAGUGUGCCAACACGGGAUUAAAAUGGAAAAACAAACACAGCUGUCUGGACUGCUUGAUACGUUACAAACUCAAGCCGCAGAGAGUACCAGUUUCGUACACAAAUUGGGGACCUCAGAACAUAAUGGCGCCAGGCGGGCCUGGAUUCAUGGGUGGACCCCCGGUGCGUCUAUUACCUGGUGAUCCUCGUUUGGGCGGAAUUGUCUGUGGAAACUGUCAUGGCUCAGGACAAAUCACGUUCUUUUUGGACCAUGACAUAUGCUCUGUGUGUGGUGGUCUUGGUAGAGUGAUGAUGGGCGCCCAGCUGAGCGGCUACUAUUGA